CAAGCCAAUCGACCGUCACGGAUACCGGAACUGGGUGGAUCCAACGACGGCCACAGACGCUGCGGUGAACUUUACCGGUGCUGAUCUUCCCCCCCAUCCCCUGGAACCAAUCCUUCAUUUUCGUACAAUCCUUAAGUAUGGGCAGUGUGCUGGCUGCCGCCUCCCCCACACCCUCCCCGGCUGCAGCCGGAGCGGGCCAGGGGGUCCCAGGGUUGGUUGCGGUUCCCCCCGGGUUCAGCAUGCCCUCCAUAUCCUCCGUCCCGCCGUCGUCGGAGCUGCAGAUCACGGACGCGGCGCAGUCGUCGUCGUCGCUCCCCAAUCCCGGCACCUACGAGGAGUGUCACCGCAAAUGUAAAGAGGUGUUCCCUCUCCAGAUGGAAGGUGUGCGCUUAGUAGUGAACAAAGGUUUGAGUAACCACUUCCAGGUCAGCCACACCAUCACCCUCAGCACUCUGGGCGACUCGGGCUAUCGAUUUGGCUCCACGUACGUCGGCAGCAAACAGACGGGACCGACCGAGUCCUUCCCAGUCAUGGUGGGCGACAUGGACAACACGGGGAGCCUCAACGCCCAAAUCAUCCACCAGCUCACCUCCGCCGUCCGCUCCAAAAUUGCCCUCCAGACCCAGCAGCACAAGUUUGUCAACUGGCAGUGUGACCUGGAGUACCGCGGGGCCGACUUCACCUCCGCCCUGACGCUAGGAAACCCUGAUGUCCUCAUAGGCUCUGGCAUUGUCGUGGCCCACUAUCUCCAGUCCAUCACGCCUGCCCUCGCCUUGGGCGGUGAGCUCGUUUACCACCGGAGACCCGGCGAGGAAGGAACGGUCACCUCCCUCCUGGGCAGGUACACAGGCGACAACUACGUGGCCACGUUGACUUUGGGAGGAGCAGGAUGUCACGCCACGUACUAUCAUAAAGCCAACGAUCAGUUGCAAGUGGGCGUGGAAUUUGAAGCCAGCACGCGGAUGAGAGAGACCACGACGUCUUUGGGUUACCAGCUGGACGUGCCCAAAGCCAACCUGCUCUUCAAAGGCUCCGUGGACAGCAACUGGGUUGUGGGCGCCAUGCUGGAGAAGAAGCUGCCGCCUCUGCCGCUCACCAUGGCGCUGGGAGCCUUCCUCAACCACCGCAAGAACAAGUUCCAGUGCGGCUUCAGCGUCGUCAUCGGCUAGAGGGGCGAGGGUGGCCGGAGACGGGACCGGAUCCGGUGCCCCCCCGCCUCCCGUCCCCGCACCGGGACCCAGCUCGCGGGCUUCGGCUCGGUCGCAGACAAACAAACACACACGCGGGAACCCGGACUGAGUUUUUCCCAACAUUACAUUCAGAGACACUCUUUUACUUCUGUGAUUCCUGGGGCGGGGGAGGGGGGGCACCACGGACAGACGAGACCACCGAGGAGCCGGGACUGGCCACGCCGCGCCUGCGCGGUGUAGCGAAACUUGUCUUUACUUUUGGAGGAACGCCCACGAGAGGGCAGGGAUGUUGCCUGGAAAUCAAACCAAGUCUGUACGAAGACGUAAUAUAUGGUGGUCAUGUGUGAUGGACGCAAAUAAAUGUCAUGACUUUUUCUAACGA